AUGGUGGCAGAUGCUACUAUUGAUCUUGCAGGGACGGCGCUGGAUCAUGCUCAAAGAUCCCUCCAGGAAGGGGCAAGGCUUUCCAGCGCCGUGGGCAACUUCAUCGCAGACAAAGCUGCGGCGCUCGGUGGAGAGAUUGUGAAGCUUGGGCCCUUGGCUGCAGGUUUGGCUUCAGCUGCAUGGAACGAGAUCAAGAAGUUCGUCAACUGCCUUGGUGACAUGCUAUCGCUGUGCACAGUCUUGAUUGGUGACCAGUGUGACUGUGAGGGCGGUAGCUAUGUCGACGUCUCGCUGGAUAAGUUUUCUGUGAGGUGCAUUUUCAAGGCAGCCGCCGACUUUUCUAAAGGCUUCGGAGUGCGAGCGGUUCCCAAGAAAGAUCUGGGUCAGCCGGGCGAGAUGAUGGAGGGGCUGUUCGAGGAGGAUGGCAAGAGCUCUGGACGUAUGACGAUCUUGCCUGGAGAAGAGUACGUGCAAGCCUUCAAGUCGGCCAAUGAGGUCUUGAAAGAGCCCCAGGAUAUAAAGAACUAUGCAUUGGGAAACAAGACGACGUCAGAAAAGUCAGGAUCCUGUGAGGCAUCCUUGGAUGUUGCUCUCGAUGGUCUUGUCCAGUUUUCACCAGAUGUGACCAUGACGGUCUACAAGAGCGGAACGACCGAGUUCUCAAUCAGCGGGACGGUGCGCGCGUCCAUUCACGCUCUUGUCAAGGCGCAAGGUAGCUGCUCCUUCCAUGCCCAGAGAGGAUUUCCUGAUCCUCCCAAGAAGAAGAUCAUCUGUGCGCCUCCGUUCUGCCUCGUGAUCCUGCUUCAGAUGAUGGCAGAACUGCACUUGGAGGGCACACUCACGGGAACCAUCGAAGCGAGCAGCGAAGUCGACUUCGGGGUCGAGGGCCGCGUGAAGGUCACUCAGAGUGGUCAUGCAGAGGUGGAUAUGAAGAGCCCAUCGAUUGGGCAUAAGAACGGCUUCGCGAUCGGAGCUAGUGCUGGGGCCUCCCUGCUCUUGAGUAUCGGACCUGUGCUUACGCUGUGGCCGCUGCCGGGUGUUCCUAUCACUUUCAGGCCGUUCGUGAAUGCCGAGGCCAAAGCCCAGGGCAACCUGACGCCAGAGCUUGUUCAAGAAGAGACAUAUGCACCACUGGAGAUGUGCGGAGCAGCCGCGCUUAACACCUUUGUCGACGUCGACAUCACUGGCUUCGCGCUGCCGGCUAUCUACUUAAACCUCUUCGACUCCGAAUUCAUCAUGAAUGCGAUCAAGAAAGGCGUCAUGGCUGGUGCCAGAGCUAUGAUCAAAAUCAUGUCAGGGCCACUCCAGUGCGUUCCGGGUGCCAGCUUUGUCACGGACAAGAUCAUGGAAGCGGCUGAAGCUGCAGCAACUGCCAUCGUCGGACUGAUCCCGGCCCUUGAUUUGGACUUGAAUCUGCCGUCGAUUCAGCUGCUCCCCCCCAUGAAGCUCUUCUGCCACGAGGUCUACAAGACUCCCGGGUUCGACUCCGCACCCUGCGCCGCAGAGCUUGGGUGCAAGCAUGCCGGAAGGAAACCUCCACCUGGGGACGAGAUCCCGCCACCCGAACAAGUGCACACUACGGAGCACAAGAUCUCAGCGGGCGCAUGCCCCCGUCUCGUGAUGGGAGACCGGUUCAUUCAACUGGGCGACUCGUGGCGAUUGGCCGACGUUGACGGGACGCACUUUGUGCUGGCACACAAAGACGGUCAGAUUCCCAUUGUGUGGCGGAGCGAUGGGGAGCCUUUCUGGCGCCCCUGGCCCACCACAGCCCCGAUUUCUCGCAUUGCCUGGGAGAGGCAGGAGGGGCCGGCGAGAGGGAUCUCGUUUGGCUUCCAGUUCAUCCAGAUCGGCAACUUCCGUAUUGGUGCAAAUGAUGAUGAUCACUUCGCAGUGUCUCACAAGCACAGGACUGCAGCCCAGUGUUGGCGUGGCCACGACGCCUCAGUGCACCACCGGACUAAUCAUUGGGAGCUCUUCGACCGCGGUGAGGGGUUUCAGGCGGGAGUCACCUUCGGGGACAAGUUCAUACAAGUGGGCAAAAUGCGAUUCGGCGAGGCUGACUCGAACCACUUCCUCUUCUCCUACACCCCCACGGGCAGGUCCAUGGAGAUCUUCCGAGGCAACGACGGGACCCGCUGGCCCGGAAGCCAGCACUGGGACAACCAUGCCAUGGUCCGCAAAGCGCCCGCCGACUGGACCUGCCCCGAUAUCGCCGAGCUGGCCUUCGGAGUGUGUAAGCCAGAGUUUGGACACUGGGGGGAUCGGUUUAUCCAACUCGGGAAGUGGCGCAUGGCGGCAAUAGACGGGAACCACUUCAGCAUCUCGCACGAGAACCGAAAGACCGUCCAAGUGUACCGUGGAGAUGGCCAUAUCUUGUCUGGCCCCCGGUCCGAUUUUGGUUCCUGGGACAGACCUAUAGGGUUUCCUUAUGGCAUUACCUUCGGCGCAAACUUCAUCCAGAUCGGCAGGUUCCGGGUCGCUGCGACGGACGAAAAUCAUAUGAGCAUCUCCCACCAGUCAGGGACGACUGCUCAGAUCUUCAGGGGGCACGAUGGCUCGUUGCAUCCUGGUCCCAGGCACGACUUUAAUGCAUGGACUUUGAGAGCCGGGCCAGCGUCAGGUGUGACGUUCGGGGAGCAGUUCAUACAGCUAGGCGAGUGGCGGUUCGGCGCGGAUGACACGGCCUUGUACGUGACCCACAAGGGCUACAACACGAGCCCUCAGAUAUUUCAUCGUGAUGGACAUGUCAUCCCGCGGAUCCAGCAUCCGAACUAUGCCGAUGGAGUUGCCGAUGUGACGCAGCGAUAUGCGCAAUGGCAUUGUGGCGGCAUCCAGGAAAUACUGGGAAGCUGCCCCGGAAUCACAGCAGGUCACGGCUUUCUACAGGUUGGCAGCUGGCGCGUCGCGCAGAUGGACUCGGAUCACUUCUCAUUCUCGCACCGCAACACCCUCACUCCCGCGAUCUACACGUCCGAUGGUCAUGUUCAUUCUGGGCCACGACACGACCAGAACAGCUGGGACCGCGAGACCCGCGAAACCAGCACCAUAAAGUUCGGAGACCGCUUCAUCCAGUUUGGCGAGUGGUGGCGUUUGGGUGAAUGGGAGGAAGAUGGGAAACAUCUCGUCGUCUCCCACCGUGACAACAAAGCUCCGAUGAUAUGGCGAGACGACGGCAUCGCGCAAGUCGGACCCCAUCAUGGCUUUAACCUUUUCGAACGAGCCGUUGGUGCACCUUCGGGCAUCGCCUUUGGACAUGGCUUUGUGCAGCUUGGCCACUGGCGAAUUGGAGAUGUGGACGGGCACCACUUCUCCAUCACUCAUGUGAAGGGCAAAACCGCGGAAAUCUUUUCAGCCAUUGAUGGAAAGCGAUACGUGGGUCCCCGUGAGGAUUACACCACGUUCGGUCGUAUGAUUACGGACUGCCGUGCAGUGUAG